UGACAAGAGAGUUUCUUAGUGAAGAUCGUCACAAAUUUCAAUCCAAUAUCUCUUUGACUAGAGAUGAAGAUUUAUAGUGUACAGCUUAUUUGAAUCGCAUCUGAUCCGAUUGUGUUCAAUUUCAAUCCCACUUUAACAGAUCCUACAUCUUACUAAUUUAUCGGUUUUGAUGACUAAUUUAUGUGGAGUUUGGUGAAUAUAUUGUUCUAGGCCAGACCUGUGUUUCGUUUGAUCCCAUUUAGGAGCACAGAAUUGGUUAUAUUCGUUUGAAAGAAUGGCAAAAAAAUUACCAAGGUUUCCUGCCAAAGCCAAGUCAAGCAUCGACCCCUCUUUUCAAAACUCCGUCUGCAUCCAUCUCUUCUCAAACUCUUCAAAGCACAAAGCUGCAACCAUCUCACCGCAGAACCCCCUUCCUGUCAGCAAGAAUCUCAAACUCUCUUCGCAUAAAUUCACUUCCGCACCGCCUCCGUCGUUUGGCUGUUGUCUCCGUUGUCUGGUCACAUCUCUGUUUUCUAGUCAUUGCCUCUGCCUCGAGGUCGUCGCCCCAACCUCUAUGUUGCCGCCCAUUUCUCUACUUCUUUAAUUUCUGUCCGAUUAGAGGUGAAUGAGAUGGUGACAAUGAGCAUCAGGAGUAGAAAUGGAUGCAAAUUCAGAUCUUUGGCGAUAGAAACAAUUAGCUUCAAAUCUGUGGCGGUGGCUAUAGAGCUAGGCUGGUCAGGAUUGUGAUGGCUACCAUGUCUGGCUAGGUUGGGCGGGCUUUGGUUCUUAGGUUGGACAGUGAAAUCCGCUAGGGUAUGAUUAAUCGGGACUUCAACGGGGCUAGGGGCCAGUAGCGGCAGCCAGGGCUACAUAGGAUUGCAACGGAGCUUAGGGGGUUGAGAGGCUAGGGAGGGACAUUGUUGUGAGAAUAAUGGAAAAGUUACUCCCUAAGGAGUCCUGGUAGAUAUAUUUAUAAUAAAGAGAGUUUAAUGUCAAGUACAAUACUAAGCCUCUAAUAAUUCUAUUACACCCCCUCAAACUGUGUGGGAGAUACAACGCACAGGUUGUCUUUUAAAAAAUGAAAACGUUGACUAGAGAGACUUUUAGUGAAAAUAUCUGUCAGCUGUAGAUGAGUAGGAACAUGCUUAACAAUCAAAUCUCCAUGAGCAACCCAUUCGCGAAUAAAAUGAUAAUCAAUCUGAAUAUGUUUACUACGAGCAUGCUGUACCGGAUUUGCAGUCAAGUAGGAAGUAGAGAUAUUAUCACAUAAUAAAUGUACCGGCUCUGUGAUUGGCCACCCAAGUUCGAACAGUACGGAGCGGAUAUGUAGUGUGUCUUGUACUGUGUAAGCAAUGGCCCUAUAUUCUGCUUAUGUGGAGGACUUGGAAACAGUAGGUUGCUUCUUAGUCUUCCAAGAAACCAAAUUAGGACCCAAAAAUACAGCAAAACCUGUUGUGGACCGAGAACGAUCAGGACAACCUGCCCAAUCAGCAUCAGAGUAAGCAACAACACAAGUUGGCCGAGAAGACUGUUGAAGCCAUAGUCCAUGAUCUCAUGUUCCCUGCAAGUACCCGAAAAAUCUUUUGACUGCAAAAAGAUGAGUGGUACGAGGAGCAUGCAUGAACUGAGACACUAAGUGUACUGCAUAAGUAAUAUCUGGCCGUGUCAAAGUUAAAUAUUGUAAUGCACCAACCAUGCUGCGAUACUCAGUAGAAUCAGACAAUAAGUCACCAUCAGAAAGAGACAAAGUGGUACGGGAAGCUAACGGGGUGCGAACAGGCUUUACAGUAUGAAGAUGAAAACGGGCUAGAACGAAUAGCCUCAACCC